AAUUGCGACAGUUUACUCCUAAGUGUCGUGACGUGAGGACUGUGUCGCCGCCUCUCGCCUCCCCCUCACAGUAUUGGCUUCACUGGACACGAGAUGUCAAGUGCUGGCGUUGGGAGAGAAGUGUAUUAAGGUGUCGAGGAGUGUGUGGAGAGUGAGGAGCUGCGGGUAUACUGUCAGUGGGAGGUGUUGUGUAAGGCAGCUGGUGUUAAUGUUGGCUUGUAAUGGCUUCUAGCUGAGCGGCGGCUCAUCAUGUCUGGCAGCCAGGCUGGCUGUCUUAACAUAAGAACAUUAGAAUAAAGAAUGAGAAAUUACAUAAGGACCUAGAAAUUGUAGUAAAGAUGUCGGUUCGCAGUGGUCGUGUGGUCAAGACGGUGAGGACUCUCAGCCGGCCAUCCAAUGAGGCAGCUUGUGCCUGCUCCACCUAUAAUUGUUCAAUGACAAGAUUGGAUGGUUUUGAGUAUUGUAGCCGACAUAUUCUUGAGGACAAAGGAGCGCCAUUUCGACAAUGCAAUUACAUAUAUGCAAGCACUGGCAAGCGGUGCCUGCGUCCAGCACCAACCAGUGAUAGGAAAGAGGGCAGGUACUGUGGCGAUCACUCGAGGCAAUCUCUGGUCUCAAGACAGAGAGCAGCACGCAGGAGUCAACCCCGGGAAACCCCAGAGACACUUCUCAAUCAAUUAAGUCACCAUCAGAUGGAUACACAAACUGCUGGUCAAAAUGCCAUUCCUGACCCUGCAAGUGUGACUGGUGUUGCCUCGGCCUCCCUGGAAUAUGCAAGCGAGACGGACAGUGAAGAGGAAUUAGCCGCACUUCCCCACGACUCCCUUCCUCGACGUGAGGCUGAUAGCGAGUUAGACUCUGCAGAUUCUGAUGCCGACCCCCUUGAACAUGCACAAGUGUUUACUACUGAGGAAAUAACAAGAAUAUAUCUGGAGAAACUUCAGAGAUUAAAGUCCAUGUAUAUAGGAGAGUAUAAAAGGCUUGCCCACAUCUUACGAGAGAGCAGGAGAAAAUAUCUACAGGCAAUACGUUUAGAGAAGGAAAGCAUGGUUAGUAUACAUGCUCAGCCUAAAACUACCCCAGAAGAGAGAGCAGCAUAUAAUCAGCUGAGAGCUAUGAAUCGGUAUCACAAGCACCUCGGGACACAUUCGCUCCUUUAUCGGCAGCAGCUCGAACGUCGUCUCCAGGUGACCGAGGGAGUGAACUACAAGCCAGGAGCAAGUGUUGGCUGCGUUAAAUGUGUGUACAGUGAGGGAUCAUGGCGUUGUGGGGAAAAAUCUGUUCCUCUGUCAAAGUAUUGUUCAAAACAUAUUUUACAUGAUCCUAAUCAAGUGUUGUUUGGAGCGUGUGGUGUGAGGAGAUGUGGCGACGACCAGUGUUCUGUGCCAGUGAUGUGCCUGCCUUAUACAACCACUUGUAUCUAUCAUACUCCCAUACCAGAUCCUUUGGCAGUGAGCUUAGCAGCGGUGGAGGACACUGAGAGCAGCAGUGUAGACACGGGUGCAGAAGAGCUCAGUAUUCAGAGUUGUGCUAGUCAGCUGCCCCCUCCUGGACCCCAGGAGAUUAUUGAUCUCUCUGAGAGUCACAGCUUUAUUGUGACAGAGUUGCCUCCUGAAAAUGUCAUGGAAGGUGAUGGCGAGGAAACUGAUGACCCACUUCCUGUAAAUACUAAAGAAUAAAUUAAUAAGUGGAUAAUGGAUGUGUAGAAGAUGGAUAAUGAUGUGUAAGUGAGGUUGAGCCGACAUUGAUAAUGUUGGUCCAGCAUUGUGGAUGUAUCUUCUUGAGAUUAUCUUGAGAUGAUUUUGGGGCUUUUCUUAGUGUCCCCGCGGCCCGGUCCUCGACCAGGCCUCCACCCCCAGGAAGCAGCCCGUGACAGCUGACUAACACCCGGGUACCUGUUU